AUGAUGCUCUGUCUUAGGUUACUGUGUUCUUUCUUUCCUUUAUCGUGGUGGUUUGCUAUACCUCCCCCGGCUAUACCGCUCCCGGAACAGAGGGAAGAUUUGGAGAGCUCGGAAGAGAUUUUUGACUUAGAGUCUCUAUCUUCUUCUUCAGAAGAUUUCUUUCAUUAUCUGUCUCGGUUGUCAGAAGAAGAGUUUCUUUCUGUGUCAGAGACACUUUCUACCCCACCAGAAGAUAACAAUGCUCCGCCAGAAGCAGCUGCUCAACAUGAAGAAACUCCGGAGGUAGAAAGGAAACACUUUCCGGUGUUGGUUACCAGUUUUGUGGUGAUAUACAUUGGCAUAUUCAUAAUUACAAUGUAUGUCAACAACUGCACAAAACAUACUCUUCCUACCACGGCGUGUUUUCCUCGUUUUUUGGGGCGAUUAUCAUUCCAACCAACCGACCAGAACCCGUUAUAUGGUCCUUCUCGUGAAACACUAAUAAAGAUGGGUGGGUUGUAUUUGAGAAAUGUGCUUCAUAUGCACCAGGCAUGGCGCCUAUUCUCAAAUAUAUGGUUGCACGAGGGGUUUACGCAGCUAUUGACCGACGUAGUCAGUAUAUGUGGAGUUGGAAUCCGGCUUGAACAACAAUUUGGAUUUGUUCGAGUCGGAUUAUUAUAUUUGAUAUCGGGCUUAGGUGGCAGUUUAGUCUCUGCAUUAUUUAUUAAGUCGAGGGUCACUGUCGGUGCCUCUGGUGCACUGGCCGGCUUAGCAGGAGGGGCUAUAUCAAAAACCUUCAUAGAAUAUUGGACACUACAUCUUCCGAUGGGUUUUGACUUGUCACUUGCUGUUUUCAUGAUGCUCAUCAAUGUAGUUGUCACAAUUGUUCAGCACGGUGACAACUUUGUAAAUCUCGGAGGAUCGAUCGUUGGAGUACUAUUUGGAUUUGUGAUAUUUAUUCGGCCUCCAGUGAACAGAUUGCGUUCUACUGCUUUGUUGAUUAUUGUUGAUUGGGAUGAUGAUGGUACUAAAAGGGGUGAAUUUGAACGAUCACUGCUCAUGGUGUCAUUACCUUGA